AUGGAAUUCGAUAAAGAAAAACCCUUAGGCGAAAAGAAAGUGAUAGAAAUGGUUGAUAAUUUUGACAGUAUUUUGCCUUGUUCACCAUUACCAGAAUCCCUUUAUCGAGACCUACACAAAAAUGAUACAGUUCAACAAUCUCAUGCAGACUCUCAUAACUUCACACGGCAAAAUCUCAUGCAACCAAGUGAAUACGAAAAGAAUGAAUUACAAGAUCACACUAUAAAAUCAAAGUUUUCAUUUAUUCUUACUAGGGAAUUCUUGAAAAUCCUCUUUUUGGGUCAAUUCCUUUCGCUAUGCAUCUCAAUAGCUAUUAUCAUCAUUACCGCUUUGGCAGUUGAUUACAAACUCAAUUUACCUGCCACGCAAGGAUUAUUCUUAUAUUUUGGAUGUGCUACGAUAUUUACACCGAUUACCAUUUCGAAGAAUGGUUGGAAAAUAUAUUUCAAGAUUUUAAAGAGCUUCGGAUGGAAGUCAUUUAUUGAUGUGCAAGCAAAUUAUACUGGCAUAAAAGCUUACAUAUAUACAUCAGUCCUCUCAACUAUAUUACUUGACGCAUGGGCUAUACCAGUUUGCGUUAUCCUUUCUUUGGCAUUCUUAAAAGUAGGAUACCACUGGAGUCAAUAUUUGGGAAUCGGUAUUUGUUUGGCUGGAAUCGGGUUUUUGAUCCAGGAAGAUAUGAAUUCUGCAUCUGACCCUAUAAGGGGCGACAUAUAUUGUAUAAUAAGUGCAACAUUUUACGCAAUUUCAAAUGUCAUGGAAGAAUAUUUGGUUCGUACGCGUCCAUGGUAUGAAGUAUUAGGCCAAAUGGGAUUCUGGGGAACCUUCAUUAGUCUAAUUCAAAUAUUCGUUUUGGAGCGUCAAGAAUUAAUAACCACCGAAUGGAAUUGGCAAAACGCCUCAUUACUUGCCGCCGUUGCGAUAAUGAUGAUCAUAAUAUACAUAGGAAUUCCGAUACUAUUCAAAUUAUCCUCAGCUACUUUUUUUAAUCUUUCGUUUCUCACAAGUGAUUUUUAUAGUUUGGCUUUUAGUUUGAUUUUAUUUCAUGUUGUGAUGCAUCCGCUUUACCCACUAGCAGCCACGUGUACAUUGUUGGGAUUGGUCAUAUUUUAUAUAUAUCCCGCUUCACCACCAGAAAUGAAAAUGAUAAAAGACGGAGACACGUUUGUCAACGAUGCAGACAAUAUUUCCGACACCAGUGACUUGAAAACAACUUCAAGUAAAGAAAUUUUACAAAAAGAAUUAAAUAUAGAAAUGAAUAACGUCGAAUUUGAUAAUACAAAACAUUUGAAAGUUAGAUUUAGUGAGGAGAUAGUUGAUCAAGAUAAUAUUAGAAUAAGUGAAGUUGAGAUUGUAGUGGUAAAAGAAUCUAAUG